AUGGCGUCGAGCAUCGAGCAGAGGAGCAGGGUCAUAUCAGCGUUGGAGACGUUGGAAUCGCUUGCCAACAACAAUGAACGAGAAAACGAGGAGAUCUUGUCAUUGCAGAAGACCGUGGAACGACUAGAACAUGAGAAACAGGCGCGACAAUUGCAAACAGCGAAAUUUGAGGAGGAGCUGGAUCAAGUGGAAGAAACGUACAAGAAGGACAUCAACGAGUUGCGACAAAUGGUAAAGGCGCUAAUGUCCGAGAACAAAACCCUGAGCACUACCGUCUCCUCAUUGCCGGCAACUACAGAGAGCCCCACAUCCGCGGCCAUGCGUGAAGAAGACGUUCGAUUGAUGUUUGAACUGAAAGAGAUGUCACAUAAACAAAAGGAAGAAAUCAAAGCGUUACAACGUGAUGUGGAACAAUACGCUUGUGAAGUGGAAAAUGUAGGUUUAUUCCGUUAA